UGCCCCGCGUGUAGGGAGUGUUGUGAUGUCUCCUGGAAUACACGUCCGUGUUGUAACCGUGACUUGCUUGUGGAUAUUGUACACAGAUGUCACAUGUUUACCGCAGGCGAAGCCAGAUGAUGCAACUUCUCAACCCGAUAGUUCAGUCAACUUUUACAUAUAUCCUACACCAGAUUCCGUAGACACACCAAUUGUAGAUGAUCCGGGAGUGCUUCAAGACGGUCAACCCCUUACAAUAGUCAUCCAUGGAUUCAAAGGGGAUCACACAGCUCGCUCAAUGAACGCUAUAAAAGAAGCCCUCCUGAUGUCAGGAGCCUCCAACGUUGUGGUGAUGGACUGGAGUAUCUUGGCUGACGACCCCAGUGACUCCGCACUGACGGCGUACCACGAGGUGAGAGACAAAGGGGUGGCGGAGGCUGCUGCCCAGGCGGCUGCCUGGAUAAGUAUGGUCAUGGGCAGCAAGAGUAUCAGCCCCGAAGACGUUCACCUGGUCGGCUUCAGUCUGGGAGCUCACGUAUCUGGGAUCAUAGGGCAAAACCUCAACAACUCACUUGGGAGAAUAACAGGUCUUGAUCCACCGAAAUUUGGAUACGAGAAGAUCCACAAACAGCAUCGUCUGGACAAGGGAGAUGCUAUGUUUGUCAACGCUAUUCACACAUCCGGAGGAAUCCUUAGUUACACCGAGAAAGACCCAAUCGGACACGUAGACUUCUUCCCCAACGGAGAUACAGUUCCACAGAAGGGAUGUCCCUAUGAAAACCCCAUUGAUAUAAUUACUUGCAGCCAUUACAUGGCAUUUGCUCUGUUUGCGGAGUCGAUAUUCCACAAGAACGCUCUUAUCGCCACAGCUUGUGAUACCUGGGCGUCCUUCAACAAAGGUCACUGCAAAAACGGCACCCAAGCCCCCAUGGGGUACGCCACCCCUCCCACAACCAGAGGUAAGUUCUUCACGAGUACCAAAAGCAAACCUCCCUAUGGAGAAGAAGAUCCUGAGAAUCCUCUUCCAGACAACAUCAAACGUCUCCUGGUCUACAACACCAGUGAGGCCUUCAUACAACCUAAAGACGUUGUGAACUUCCUAACACACAAAGAUAAGAAGGACACCAGUAUGCCCUUAGCAGAUGAUCCAGGGGCUGGUGACUCAGGGGUCAUGAAGGUCAAGGGGGGAUCAAAAACAACUACAACCCCAGAUCCUCCAGCGUUCCAAAACAGUGGAAGCAGUCUUUUGGCAGACGCUUUAGGCUUUAUAGCAACCUCUUUAGCAGGGUACGAGUUCGUUCAACUAUUGUGGAGCUGGUGGAGUAGCAGAUAGGGAUAAUGUUAGGAAAGAUGAAUUUUAGGAAAUUUUACUCAUGGUUGUGAUCAUGCCUUUUGAUUAGAUUAAGAGCUGAGUGUCUGUUACGGUUAAAACCGAAGAUACGGGAAACGUGAAUAUAAAGUGUAUUUUAAAACAUUUUUAAGUAUUUAUUUAUUACAAUUUUUAUUGUACUUUAAGUGCAUGUGUUCAAAAUAUAAAACAGCAAUUAGUGUCAACAUUUUUCUCUGAAAAUUUAUCACGGAACUCCUAAGAGUAUUCAUGUCAUAUUUGCAUAAUUAGUUUUUAUUAAAGAGUGAUCAUAAUUAUUUUGUAAUAUAAUUGAGGGCUUGGACAUACUGUAAACUUCAAACUUCUUAUCAAAACAUUUUAUCGAAGAUCGUGCUGAAACAUAUGAAGAGAGACUUAAAUCUUCAAUUGAAACAUGUCGUAUAAGCAUAUAUCUUGCUUAGCGUAGUUUUCUGAGAAAAUUGAAACAUUUAACGAAUCGUCAUGGGGUACAUCCUGCUUCAAAUCCUCUCGGGCUUCCCCAUUACUCUUUCUAAUGUCAAAGUAUUAAAAUAAUACCCAUAUAAAAGGUCCGAGAUAUUAAGUGCCUUCUAAAUAUUUGCAAUGAUGUCAAUUAUUUAAGAUGAGGUCUCCACUAUGUGCGUAUUUUAACCCUAACAUGAGUGAAGGAUGAGUGUAGGGUUAGAGGUGCGAUCUUGUAAUCUUGUUAGUGACUAAGAUCGACAUGUUCCUUAGACACAGCUGUUAAUUAAUAGCCCAUACAGCUAAUGACAACUAAAGGACCUACAUUAUAGUGGAAUUUGAACUAAAUUUGUUCCUUGUACUUAACGAAUUGGUCUAAUAAUCAGGAUAGUACUGCGGGUAGUCGUAGUCUAGUGCGGGCGUCAACAGCAGGGAGCAUCAUAUUUUUUAUAAGAUACUACGUGUGUCAAAAUUAUUUAAAUAUGUGAUAUUUAAUGCUUAAUUUAUUCGGCCACAACUUAUAAUUUUCGGUUGCAAUAUAUGUACAGUAUGCUAGAACUAUUUUUUUAUCCUUGUACAAUUUCCAGCCUGAUAACAUCACAUUUCUUAUUAGUUGAUUUGUAAGAAGAAGCUGUAAGUAAUACAACUAGAAAUGAUAAUUCUCGUUCGGAAUUCUUCUUCAAUAAAGCAUUGUGGAAAGGUAUUGAAAAGUGAUAGUCAAAGCAAUUAACCUUGAGAGUUGUAGGUUUUUCUCUCUAAGUCAAUAUGUUUUGACCUUUUGUCUUUCAUUUCACUGUAUUUCUUGACGAUAGAACAUGUUACCUCUAGUUGUAUGGUUAAAAUUUUCUAGUGCCUUACACGGUGUCUUUAUACAAUUUUAGCACAAAAAGACUCUAAGUAUGAUAAGUUUAACAGGAAUGAGCAGUAUUGAUGCUCAAAGCAAAAUGAACAAUCUUUUUUUACCAAAUAUAAUCUUGCAAAUUUAUGAUAGUAACUGAAUUAGUCUAAUUUUAAACCAAGACAAAAAAUAUUAUAUAAUAUUGAGGAUUCAGUGGUUGUUUAUAUUUCAGUUUUUUUUUAAGAAUUUUUGUUUGCUUCAUAUAGAGUUAAACAAAUUGUUUUUACCCUAUAAUUUUCCAACACAAUCAUAUUAUUUUAUCAACUUCAUUGAUAAAAAAUUAUUGUGGUGAAAAUGUGAUUUUUUGCGAUGCUUGGUUCUACUUACUUAAAUUUAGUUUUUAGCAUGACAAUUAAGUUAGCUGUAUUUUUAAGAAAAACAUUAAUAUGUUGACGAUUUGUACCAUUUGAGAUAGAAAUAUAGUUGCUGUGAUUGAAUGAUGUUAACAUACAAAAUGUGAUAGUAGUGAUUAAAAGUAAGGGUACAAAAAUUCGUUAAAUUACACAGUUUCUUAUUCAAAAUUAUGAAAAAAUGUACCCAAUAAGUCCCAAAUAAUGACCUAACAUUUUUACUGAAAAAAUGUUAUACAUUUAUUGUAUAACGGUGUGUAAAUUAUUUGUUACCUUCUUAGAAAAUUUGUACAUAGCUAGGACAUAGGUAGUUUCACCAAAGAAUAUUUUGUAUAUAUUAAAAAAUUAAAAUAUG